AUUGCCCAUGCUGAUUGCACUAAGUACUGUAGGGGGCGGUAUACACCAACGGUAUAUUGCUCGCCAUUAAAUUACCGAAGAAGAAGUAACAUCUGCACAGACCUAUACUUCAGUUCUGAAACCAGCGUUGGCAUUUUAGAGACACGACAUACAGAAGGUGAUGGCAGACCUUGCACUGAAGGAAGGAGACCAAGUGCUGCUGGUUUGGACCCAGCCAUCAUCUCCCACAGCACUAAAGGAGUUUGCAGAGCAUAUCGGCACCAUUGUUGGCAACCAGAGACUGGUGUCUUUGGAAAACAUGGAGAGACUACAACUUUCUUCUCAACCAGCUUCAAGUUAUGACUGGGUUCUCUCAGGCCUUAUGUCUGACAGCUCACCAAUCCACAGCUCCGAAAUGCUGGCAGAGAUCGCCAGAGUGAUGAAACCUGGUGGGAAACUUGUGCUGGAGGAGCCAGUAACGGGAUCUGAGGAGAAUGGUGUUAAAACUGCUGGGAAACUGAUGUCAGCUCUGAAACUCUCUGGAUUAGUGUCCGUCACAGAGGUCAAGACAGAGCCGUUGAGUCCAGAAGCGACUGCAGCUCUAAAGGAAAACACUGGGUUCCAGGGAAACACACUUUUAAGGGUGCGUAUGUCUGCAUCUAAACCCAACUUUGAGGUUGGCUCCUCUACGCAGCUGAAACUCUCAUUUGGCAAGAAAACCGCUACAACAGAGAAACCCGCCCUUGAUCCGAGUACUGCUAAAAUGUGGACUCUCUCAGCCAAUGAUAUGGAUGAUGACAAUGUGGAUUUGGUAGACUCAGAUGCACUUCUGGAUGCCGAUGAUCUGAAGAAGCCUGAUCCAUCCUCCCUCAAGGCUUCCUGUGGAGAUGAUUCAAAAAAGAAAAAAAAAGCCUGCAAGAAUUGCACAUGUGGUCUUGCUGAAGAAUUGGAACAGGAGAGUAAAGCCAUUCAGAAAGCCAGCCUGCCUAAAUCAGCCUGUGGUAGUUGUUAUCUGGGCGAUGCCUUCCGAUGUGCCAGCUGUCCGUAUAUAGGCAUGCCUGCCUUCAAACCCGGAGCGAAGGUUUUGUUAGCCAACACUGACAUAGCUGAUGCAUAGAUACUUAUUAUGAGAUUUUAUUACAUUCCGUUCCCUUUGGGCCCCAGAUUACCUUUCCAUCUCUGUAAUCAACAGAGAUGCAGCUUAGAGAGCUGUUAUUAUUUAUAUCAAAUGAAAGCACUAAUGAUACCCACUGUUAAUACAAGAGGAAAUUGAACAAUUUAUGCACUGUUCAGUUGGAAAUGUCUCAGUCCAUCAGAUUGUUGUUGAGUUUUAAGUAUCCAGAGAGGAACUGAAGAGCAAUUCACUCAAAUUCAUACUCAAGAUAUGAAUGAAUCUCUAAUGAUGUAUAAGUCUAUCCCAUAUCUUUAUGUAGAAGCAGGGAAUCUUCACUUUGGGUAUAAUUUAGUUUUAUUUGAAAAUCUGUGUAUUUUGCCAUCUGUAUAAUAUAAGUUGAUUAUUU